AGAAGACUUCAAGGAUUGAAGAUUGAAGACAGAAGAAGACGGAGUGGUUGAAAAUCUGAAUAUUUUUACAAAUACCGACCUCUGAUGCAACAGGUAAGCUAGGCAUGGUUUUCAUGGUGAGUUUAUUUUGUCGUUACAGUAUAUCGUGAUUUUUCCUACCUCUUUUGGCUGCAUUGUAGCUAACGUUAGCGACAUAAUAUUACUAUUAGCAGUUAGCUUAACCUAAUAGCAUGUCACCACGGACAUGACAGCGGGGCAGAGACGGGGUGCAGUGAAGUCCUGUCGUUAAAAGUGGAGUUGGUUGUGAAUUGUGAGGUUUUUAUGGGCCAUUAUGUCCACAAGGAGGAUGAGGAAAAAGCCUAUAGAUGAUGCAAAGACAUACAUUCUGUCUUGCACUGACAAGGAUGGGUUUAUGCCAAGAUUCAUUGACCAUUACAAAGGAAGAGGAGUGUUUCCCACACACCCCAUUGAACCCGGGGACUUCGUGUUGGAGUACAGGGGUAAACUCCUCACACAGGUGGAAUGCAAGUCAAGAAAAUACUCAGAGAUUGAAAGCACAUUUCUCUUUGACUUUCAGUGGCAGAAUCAUCACUUAUGCCUGGAUGCAUCUGAAGAAGAUGGAUCUCUCGGAAGAUUGGUCAAUGACAACCACAAAAAUCCAAAUUGCGUUAUGAAAAAAAUCAUAGUUGACGACAAACCACAUUUGUGCCUUUUUUCUCUGAAGAAAAUAGAAAUAGGAGAUGAAAUUGAUUACAACUAUGGCGAUUCAAAAUGGCCUUGGCGCAGUAAGUUGAAAAAAAACCAAGCUCCAGCCGCAGCAUUAGAGAAUGAGACCAGCCCUGUUCCUCAGAUCCUAAAUGAUGGACCAAACCCAGAUCAGACCUGCACACAGGUGAAAGGCCUUCAGACUCCAGCCGCAGCAUUAGAGAAUGAGACCAGCCCUGUUCCUCAGAUGCUAAAUGAUGGACCAAACCCAGAUCAGACCUGCACACAGGUGAAAGGCCUUCAGACUCCAGCCGCAGCAUUAGAGAAUGAGACCAGCCCUGUUCCUCAGAUGCUAAAUGAUGGACCAAACCCAGAUCAGACCUGCACACAGGUAUUUACUGUCCAAGGAUUUUCACUGGUUGAUUAUCCAUAUAGUGAUGAAACUGAUGAGGAUGGUAUGGAAAACGAACCUCCCACCCCACACCUGGAUGUCAUUUUAGGGCAGAAUGAUAUUGGCCCAGAUGUUUCAAAUCAUUUGUACGAUUCAGAUGAAACUGUUGUGAAAGAAACUUGUGAUGAGGCUUCUCCAAGCAACCAUUCCAACAAUCAAUCGGAUGAUGAACUUGUUCCACCACUGAGACGCACAAAAAGCAUUAUGAUGGAUAGAGUACAAGAUUUUACCCACAGUCUCUAUGAUAGUGACAGCCCAGAGGAGACUACUUUUUUUAAGCCUGAAAGGGAUUCACAGAAGCUGAGAAGAAGGUCUUGCCGUCCCAUUCAGAUGAAUCUCAUGGAAUCGGAUGACUCAAACUUAGGUAGCGAAGAGGAGUAUAUUCCAAAUCCCAUAGAUGAAAGCACAGAAAGUGAUAGCAGUAUGGAAUUAACCCUGGGAAAGGAAAAAAAGAACAAAGGUGCAUCAUCCAGUCAGAGCAAGUUUAAGCCCAGAGAGAGAAGUAGAUCCUCCCGAGAGAGUAGAAGCGAGUCCUCCAGACAGAGCAAGUCUAAGCCCAGGGAAAGUGGAAGUAGAUCCUCCAGAGAGAGUGGAAGCGAGUCCUCCAGACAGAGCAAGUCUAAGCCCAGGGAAAGUGGAAGUAGAUCCUCCAGAGAGAGUGGAAGCGAGUCCUCCAGACAGAGCAAGUCUAAGCCCAGAGAGAGAAGUAGAUCUUCCAGAGAGAGUAGAAGCGAGUCCUCCAGACAGAGCAAGUCUAAGCCCAGGGAAAGUGGAAGUAGAUCCUCUAGUCAUAGCCAAUUUGACUUUAGCCAGAGAAGACUUUUGGAAAGAUGUCAUGAUCCCACACAAAGAUUUCCAAAUAGCAGAGUUGAUGGGAAUGAAAAGGAAAUCGCAACAUAUUCUGAAAACAACGUUUCAGUGCCCCUGGAAGAAGAGCAGUAUAUCAUUGUCAGUCCAACUUUAAAGAAAGAUGAUGGAUCCAGAAGCUAUAACAAGAAACAUUUCUGCUUUUAUUGCAGGAAGUUUGUCCAGAAAAUGUCAAGACACUUGUGGCGUAAACACCAAGAUGAAUUGGAUGUUGCGAAAGCAUUCAGUUUUCCAAAAAACUCAAAGGAAAGAAAACUACAAUUGGACUACAUACGAAAUAAGGGAAAUUUCGAGCACAACAGUCAUGUUUUGGAAACACAAAAAGGAAAACUAAUCCCAUGUAAACAACCAGGAAAAAAAUCAGAGGGACAUAAAUUUGCACAUUGCAUUCACUGCUAUGGGCUGUUCUCAAGAAGAGCGAUGUGGCGGCAUUUCAAGGUCUGCAGCUUCAAACCCGAAAGUACUAAACCAGGUAAAAAUAGAGUUCAGGCAUUGUGUGCUUUCGCUGAACCUUCUCCAUCGGAAUAUACAGACGCGUAUUGGAAGUUCUUGAGUGUAAUGAUUCAGGACAAGAUUGCAGUUGCAAUUAAAGGAGACAACUGCAUCCUCAAUUAUGGUUUCAGGUUGUUCAAAAAGAAUGAGAAGAUAGUCAGUCAACACCAGUAUAUACGCCAAAAACUGAGAGAACUUGGCAGGCUUUUAUUGGAAGCUAAAAAAAUCACACAUGUGAAGACCAUUCAAGAACUCAUCAAACCUGAACAGUACUCCCAGGUUGUCAGAGCUGCAAAGAACCUAUCUGGAUUCAGUGAGGAAACUGGCAUAUACCAAUGUCCCUCUCUUGCACGCAAGGUAGGGCACAGCCUGCAUUCGUUGGCUAUGUUUAUCAAGUCCGAAGGACUGAAAAAGAAAGAUAAAGAAACCAUUAAAGAUGCUGAGGAGUUUGCACAGUUGUAUUUAGAGAGUUGGAGGUUUGAUAUUGCAGGCCAGGCAUUAACCCAGCUUAACCGGGCCAAAUGGAAUGCACCGCAACUUUUACCUCUUACACAAGAUUACCAAAGGCUACAUUGCUAUCUAGAAGAAAAACUGCAGCAACAUCUCAAAGAUUUAAAAGAACAUCGUUCAUCCACAAAUUGGAAGGAACUUGCAAAAGUAACGCUGACUCAAGUUAUGCUUUUUAAUCGGCGGAGAGCAGGUGAAGUGUCCCGAAUGCGCCUGUCUGCAUACUUAUCGAAGGACACAUCAGAGGAACAGGGAGAUGUAAAUUUGGCCCUCACAGCGCUUGAGCAGAAGCUUUGCAGGCAUUUUGUGCGAAUAGCAAUUGUUGGAAAAAGAGGAAGGAAGGUUCCUGUUCUUCUAACCCCAUCAAUGAGAGAAUCACUUGAUGCUCUUACUGAGAGCAGAGAAGAAUGUGGGGUGCUGAAGGACAAUGAAUAUCUGUUUGCAUUGCCACAAUCUGACCAUUACCUCAGGGCUUGUGACUGCUUGAGGCAAUUUGUCAGUGAAUGUGCAGACAUAAAAAAUCCUCAAGCGCUAACAUCAAUUCAACUGAGGAAACAUAUUGCUACCCUGUCUACUGUUCUGAACCUUAAAACCACCGAGCUCGACCAGUUGGCAGACUUCCUUGGUCAUAAUAUCGCUGUUCACAGGAAACACUACAGGCUCCCAGAAAGCACCCUACAAUUAGCCAAAGUAAGUAAAGUCCUUCUGGCAAUGGAACAAGGACGCCUAGGAGAUUACAAAGGAAAGAGCCUCGAUGAAAUACAAGUCGAUGUAAAUGAGACCAUUGACAUGGAGGGACCUUUAGCAGAGGACAUUGAAGAUGUCAGUAUGCUAGGAGAAGAUGGGUCAGAUGAUGAGGUCAGCAUGUCAUCCACGCAAGAAUGUACCUCCACAUCACAAAGUCAAAACCAGGGAGUGUCUGCCACCGAUGUCAGUAUGCCAAGAGAAGAGGGGUCAGAAGAUGAGGUCAGCAUGUCAUCCCUGCAAGAAUGUUCCUCCACAUCACAAGUCCAAAACCGAAGUGUGUCUGCAAAAAAGAGAGGUAAGCUUUGGGGCUUGCACUCUCUUUUGGGCCAGAGCUGCUCAUUUAUUUUUAAGGGCUUUUACUUUGCUUCCUUGACUCAACACUUGAAAUAUGUCUGUCCCUCCUUAUUGUCUGGUGCCACAAGCCUGACAGUGGCUUGAAAGAAGCUGUUGCAGG